UUUGCUGGCCCGGUAACUGAAGGUGGUUUUUUCAGGUGAAAUAGAAAGGCUCAUUUCACCAAAUGAAUAAGUACUUUUUAGCCUUUCUAUUGAUACUGAACAUUUAAGCAUGCCUCCUAAGAAGAAAUCCGGCAAAAAGAAAUCAUCUGGGAAGAAAAAGAAGGGCAAGAAAAGCAGUGCGUCGAAGGAACCAAAGUUGACAGUGGAGGAAGCGAUCAUUGCUUUUCAAAUAGAAGUAAAACAGAGGAAUUUUGAAGACCUAAUGUACAAUUUACAAUCACUCAAGGAAAAGAAUGAAAGACUAAAGGACAGGAACCAACAACUUAAGGAGGAGCAACUGCAGCAUAUUAAAACUCUAUUAAAACAAGUGAAAGAAAAAGACAAGGAAGUAGAGAAUGCAGCAGAGGUUGGACAUGAACAAGUUGAGGUUGCUUUACUGGAGAAAUUUGACUUAUUGAAGGCUGAAGAAGCAGAAGUUCAAGCACAAAAUGAUCACAUAGAAAAGAAAGAGGCUGAAAUAAAAGAAGUGCUUAGGAACAUAAGAAGGCUCCAGGAAUACAGGGACAUAGGUGCAGAGGAACAUGCAAAACAAAUAGUGCUACUGAAACAAGACCUGAAAGAAAUGCAGGAUUCUCAAGAUGAUAUUGCUGCUCAUCUAGAAAGAAGCUUAAAGAUAGCCAAAGAUGAAAUUGAAACUUACACUGAAUCAACAAUCUCAAAACAGAAGGAUAUAGCAAAUGAGAAAGCAACAAAUAAACUGGACAAGGAUAGCUGUGGGGAAAUUUUGGACCACAGAUGGCUCAAGAAAGAGGUUGCUAUUCAUCGCCAAGGCCAUGCUGACUUGUCAGCAAAAGUAGAGGACCUGGAAAAAAGAAACUUGGAAAUCAUGAGUGAGAUGUUUGACUGUAAGGUUGAAGACCUCAAGUUCACACGGCAGUUCUAUUUAAGUUGUGUAGAGGAUGAAGACAGUUCGGAGGAAGACGAUGUUGAAGAUGACGGAGAAGAGGUGAUUGCUUUGCAUGGUGUCCUUGGAGAACAAGAUGAGAAACCGGAUGAUCUGCUCGAUAACUAUUUCUUCCCCGGUGAGGAUGAUUUUCAGGACUCUCCGCGACUUGGACCAAUGGAACUACAACUUCUAUCUGUGAUCGGCACAAGGAAACCAGCCUUCCCUCAUCCGUUGAACAUGGACCCAGAAGCACACGAACUUGCUGCGUUACCAGGCUCCGCAGACUCAUCCCGGCCAGGGAACUACACAAGCCCUCGAAAUUGGCCCAUUACGAACACCAUGCUUCAAUCACUGGCCAUGCAAUGAAUGCUUUAUUCUUGUUGCUGGCUGGUUGACCAUAACGUGGAAAAAUUUUGUUAAAAAAUAAUUGAAUGUAUGGUCAAUCGGGAAAGGAAGGGUUGUGUUCGGAGGAAUCCACUCGAGAAUGUGAAAAAGUUUCAGCAGUUUAGUUGGCGAAGAACUGCGCCUUUUUUGUUACAUGUAACUUGCUUGGUAAAUCGAAUUUAACUUUUACACUGUUUAUUAUUAUACAUGUAUUUAUUUCAUAUCAGAGCAAUUCUCUCUGUAAAAUUUGAAACAAAGAUGAAUUAAAUUGUGCUACCAGAGAA